GAGGGAAGUUUCCUGAAGACCCCGGAUCAGAAUAACCCGAGUUAAGGCGUCCAUCUGCAGUUGUCUUGUCUCUGUUUGACUCUUGGGUCGGUAGAAAAUGUCCAGGUUUCAGGAUCUUGAAGAUUUCUUCAGCCGGCGGCUGCUCGCUGCUGUUAACGGAGACCUCUCAGGACGAUCAGCAACAUCUGUGUAUGAAGAGGAGCUCCAACGGCAAAGAAAACUGCUGAGUGUGAUUUUAAUGCCUGAAAUCAAACUGAAGAGAGCAGGUUAGUUCACCUUCUUCUUCCGGAUUGAAACUCUGGAUUGGAUGUUGUGAUCGUUGUUCUGUGUUUGGUGGAGCUUCAUCUGAUCAGUUUUAAUGUCUAUUUUUAGCUCAUUACAGUGACUUAAAACUCAGACUUUAAAGCUCAACAGAUGAAACUCAAACACGAUUUUAAAAAAGGCGCGAAUUCAACCCACGUAUCAUUCGUUCACCGGUUUUUCAAAAUAAAACCAAACGUUAAAAACAAGAAACGACGCUUAUCUAUUUCCUAAACAUGGUUAAGAAAAAAGGAUACCGACUCGUUUUCCCAAUAUGUUGUGUUCAAAUACAAAAUGGAAAAAUCGGAUAACGACAAAGUUUAUUAAAUUGUUCCACAUCCGACUAGAACAAGCUGCGUGACCCGGAAGUGAUGCUCCGUGUCUUUUUUGUUGAUUGAAUAUCACGGUUGGAAAUAGAUAUCAAACAUAGAAGAAGGACUGUUUUAUUUUUGUUUUAAAAUAGAAACACCAAAAUAAUGAAAUAAAGCUUGAUUUUCUUUUCUGCUGUCUGGAACGAGUAAGGAAAAGUCAAAGAACAGUUCAGUGUUUCUAAACAAGCGGUCCCAGAAGAAAUGUGAAAUGAAAAAUGGAAGGGUAAAACAAACCUUCAAAGUAUGGACGACAGUCCAAAAGAGAAUUAGAGGGACAGCUGCCCUCUCAACAGCUAUGCAGAUUACUGGAAAUCUGGAUUUCCUCCCUCAACAACAGACACCUUUUUUAAGAGGCGGGCAGGCAGAAAUCUGAAGGUUAUUGACCAGUUGUUCUGCGACACCGGUGUACAGCCAUUCUCAUAUCUCCAAGACAAAUUCUGUCGACCCCAAAAUGACAUGAUGUUCUGGUAUUCUCAGAUUAGGAAUUACAUUACAAACCAUAAGGACUGGAAUAUUAGUAAAACAGAAACUUACUUUAUUAAUAUAAUGAAACAUCAAUUACCCAAUAAAAAGCAUGCGUCCCAUAUAUACAGAAAUCUGUUACUAGAUACUCCAGACAAUACUUUUUAUAUUAAAAACAAAUGAGAGCUUGAGUUAAAUAUUAUAACUGAGGAUGGGAAAGAACCUUCACUGGAUGUCAUAAAGGUGUCAAUAGUAUCACGUGAAGGAGUUUGAUUGGAAGGUGAAGACAAGGUUCUUUAAGACGCCCUCCAUUGUCUCUAAACUUGUCGAUAACUCAGCUGCAGUUUACUGUUGGAGAGGAUGUGGAGCGGUUGGCGACCACUCACACAAAUUUUGGGAUUGGCCAAUGAUGCUUCCUUUUUGGAAAGGGGUAAAGAGUGAGAUAGAUGAAGUUCUGGGAAUUAAUAUAUUAUCCACCCCAAGUCAGUUUCUCUCCGAUCGAACUCCUGAAGACGUGAACACUAGAGACCAAAAGCACUUGUUACAUUUACUCAUGAUGACUGCGAGGAAGAUGGUGACAAUAAAAUGGUUGAAUCCACAGCCACCUACCGUGAAAACAGAAACUGAGGGGGGUGUAUGGAAUGGAGGCUUGACCUGCUAAAUUACAGUUAAGGUCUGAUGUUUUUGUGAGGAGGUGAUAUCUCUCUAACUGAGGGGGACCCCACAAUACGCUGGAAUGUCAUAACUGUCCACUUCUUUAUUCAUCUAUUAUUUUUCACUCAUUUGUAUGACUCGGUUUUCCGUGCGCUAUAGGUUUUCUUUUUUCAUGUCCUCAGCACUGACAAACAUAACCUGUGAUGUUGUCAAGGAUUGUUUGUGUUUCUCUUUAAUGAAAAAAAUUAAUGAAGUUAAAAAAAAAAGAAAAUCAAACCAUUAUUUGACUUUUCCUAACUCCUAUCAGAUGGCAGGAGAGAAUAUCAAUCUGUCUUUAAAUUUUGUUGUUUCUAGUUUAAUAACCAGCUGUUUUUUCAGUUUUUUAGUAUCUGUCUCCAAAUCCUGUAUCUAGGCCAGGAACAAUGACAAAUUUUGUGGGAUGAUAAGAGAAAGAAUCUCUAUCCAAAGUUUGUCUCCAACAUAGAUGCCAAGCUUAUCUUGAUGUGUCUUUCUGUACUUUGGUGUUUCCUGCAGAUGUCCAGCAGCUGUCAGUGAUUAAAGAGGAACCUCCUGAGCUCCAGGAGUGGAGCCCUGAUCUAAACCAAAAGGACACCAAGCACAUGCACAUUAAGGAGGAGGAACUCUGGAGCAGUCAGGAGUCAGACACCAGUUAAGGCGUCCAUCUGCAGUUGUCUUGUCUCUGUUUGACUCUUGGGUCGGUAGAAAAUGUCCAGGUUUCAGGAUCUUGAAGAUUUCUUCAGCCGGCGGCUGCUCGCUGCUGUUAACGGAGACCUCUCAGGACGAUCAGCAACAUCUGUGUAUGAAGAGGAGCUCCAACGGCAAAGAAAACUGCUGAGUGUGAUUUUAAUGCCUGAAAUCAAACUGAAGAGAGCAGGUUAGUUCACCUUCUUCUUCUUCUUCUUCUUCUUCUUCCGGAUUGAAACUCUGGAUUGGAUGUUGUGAUCGUUGUUCUGUGUUUGGUGGAGCUUCAUCUUAUCAGUUUUAGUGUCUGUUUUUAGCUCAUUACAGUGACUUAAAACUCAAACUUUAAAGCUCAACAGAUGAAACUCAAACACGACUUAAAAAAGGCGCGAAUUCAACCCAUGUAUCAUUCGUUCACUUGUUUUUCAAAAUAAAACCAAACGUUAAAAACAAGAAACGACGCUCAUCUAUUUCCUAAACAUGGUUAAGAAAAAAAGGAUACCGACUCGUUUUCCCAAUAUGUUGUGUUCAAAUACAAAAUGGAAAAAUCGGAUAACGACAAAGUUUAUUCAAUUGUUCCACAUCCGACUAGAACAAGCUGCGUGACCCGGAAGUGAUGCUCUGUGUCUUUUUUGUUGAUUGAAUAUCACGGUUGGAAAUAGAUAUCAAACAUAGAAAAAGGACUGUUUUAUUUUUGUUUUAAAAUAGAAACACCAAAAUAAUGAACUAAAGCUUGAUUUUCUUUUCUGCUGUCUGGAACGAGUAAGGAAAAGUCAAAGAACAGUUCAGUUUCAAUCUUUUACAGAUAAAUAGACACAAAUCGAAAAAGUGCCCUUAUAUUUGUUUGCUACUGGUGGAGGAGAAAUCCAGGUGGUGGCAUGUAGUAAGCAUUUUUAGUAUUGGGGCCACAGUGAGAAAAUAAUAUUUUCAUACAAAGUCAUAAAAUUACAACAAUAAAGUCAUAAAUUGACAGGAUAGAGUCGUAAAUAAACAAGAAUAAAAUCAUACAUUUACAGGAAUAAAGUCAUUUUAUCACAAGAAUAAUGUCAUAAAUCUACAAACAAAUAUAAGGGUAAUUUUUUGAUUUGUGUCUUCUGCUUUAUUCCUUUGUAAUGUUAGAAGUUAUUAUUAAAAAUCAAACCAUUAUUUGACGUUUAUUUACUCCUUCCAGACAGCAGGAAAGAAAAUCAAGCUGUAUUUCAAUUUUGGUGUUUCUAUUUUAAAACCAAAAUCAAUAACCAGUUGUUUUUUCUAUUUUUGAUAUCUGUUUCCAAACCUUAGAUCUAGGCCAGGAACAAUGACAAAUUUUGUGGGAUGAUAAAAGCAAGAAUCUCUAUCCAAAGUUUGUCUCCAACAUAGAUGCCAAGCUUAUUUUGAUGUGUCUUUCUGUACUUUGGUGUUUCCUGCAGAUGUCCAGCAGCUGUCAGUGAUUAAAGAGGAACCUCUUGAGCUCCAGGAGUGGAGCCCUGAUCUAAACCAAAAGGACACCAAGCACAUGCACAUUAAGGAGGAGGAACUCUGGAGCAGUCAGGAGGGAGAGCAGCUUCAAGGGUUUGAGGAGGCUGAGGCCACCAUGUUCCCAUUCACUGUUGUCAUUGUGAAGAGUGAAGAGGAUGAAGAAAAACCUCAGCCUCCACAGCUUCACCCAAAACCAAUUCAAAAGAUGGAAACAGGAGAUGAUGGAGAAAUCUGUGGAGUUUCAGAACCAGCUGGAAACUCAAAUCCUGUGAGUGAUAACAGGUCAGAAGACUCCUCUGAGACUGAGGAUGAUGAUGAUUGGAAGGAGACCAGAGAGGAUCAGUCAGGAUUAAACUCUGGGAAAUUAAUGAAAAGAAGAGGACAGAAAACUGUCAAGAAAUCUCACAGCUGCUCGGAGUGCGGUAAAAGAUUUAAAUCUCAAGAGGCUGUGAAAACACACAUGGUAGUUCACACAGGAGAGAAACCUUUCAGUUGUUCUGAAUGUGGUAAAAGAUAUUCACUAAAACAGAGUAUGAUCAGACACAAAGUAAAGCAUUCAGGAGAGAAACCUUUCAGCUGCUCUGAGUGUGAUAAAAGAUUUUUCCAAAAAAACCAAGUGACUAAACACAUGUUACAUCACAGGAAAGAGAAACCAUUCAGCUGCUCUGAGUGCGAUAAAAGAUUCAAAUUUAAAGAGGUUCUUAAACGACACAUGUUUUUUCACACAGGAGAGAAACCCUUCAGUUGUUCUGAUUGUGGCAAAAGAUUUACACAAAAAAGUGAUCUAGCCAGACACAUGUUAGUUCACACAGGAGAGAAACCCUUGGGUUGUUCUGAUUGUGGUAAAAGAUUUACACAAAAACAAGAUCUGGCCAGACACAUCUUAGUUCACACAGGGGAGAAACCUUUUAGCUGCUCUGAGUGUGAUAAAAAAUAUCGUGAUAAAAGGUCUCUGGCCAAACACAUGUUUGUUCACACAGGAGAGAAACCUUUCAGCUGCUCUGAGUGUGGUAAAACAUAUUGUGAGAAAAGGGAUCUGAUCUUACACAUGUUACGUCAUACAGGAGAGAAAACUUUCAGCUGCUCUUAGUGUGGUAACAAAUAUUGUGAUAAAAGAUAUCUGACCUCACACAUGUUAGUUCACACUGGGAGGAUAGAAAGAAAACUGUUUAGCUGCAGCGUCUGAGAACAAAAAUUCUCUCAGUCUCAGGAUUAUUCAAAGACUUCAGCGCUUCAUCAAAACUAAUCAGGGGAGAAGGAGGAUGAAGAAACAGGAGCUGAUGGAAGGAUGGAGAACCUGAACAAGUCAGAAAAUGAGGAUUACAACAACAGACUGUGGAGGAGACUCUUCCAACCCUGAGUCUGAGGACCGGGUUGAUUGGACCUGGACCAGAGACCACAAACAAAUUCACAAAGAAUGGACUGGGGCUGAGAAUGGCAUCAAGAAUUAUUCAUCAUUUCUGACCGUCCAGAACUGCUGAGAGUAACAUCAGUGGUUGUGCCAGGCUCAUUGUAAGAGACUUCAUGUAAAGAUGCAUCAUUUCCAUGUCUUUUCAGAGGUGGUCUUGUCGGUAUGAUCAUUGAACAGUUGGACCACAUAUAUGUAAAGUUACACUUGAAGGGUUUUUAUCUGGAUUGGAGGUUUGAUGUUGUUUAGGUACCUGAUUAAAGCAUCACUUUAUCCAA